AUGUCGCCUCAAUUAUCCCAUAUUGAUAAAGUGGAGUCGAUUGAGAGUCCAGUGAAUGUAUUCGAUGGACAAGAAAUUGUGGGUUCAGAGAUGCUGCAGUUCUUCAACAAACACGUCAAUGCCUCCAUCAGAGGAUUUACCAUCUACGACCACCUCAAGAAACGCCACUGUUUCGAGCAAUCUCAGAAUCUUUCGUGGCACAUCUCAGAAUGCGACUACUCGCUCUCGGCCAUGUAUCUGUACUUUCGCUGGACUCCACCCGACCCAAACUUUGACAGGGCUUACGAAACGCAGAAGAGCAUAAUGGGUUUUGACGUAACAUUGGACGUGUUCCAGGUGGUCGAGAACAGUGGAUUAGGAUAUAUAUAUGUUGGUAAUUUACAGUGGGCGCUAUGGCCCAGUCUACAAACUGUAACAAUAUCCUUCGACAAAGUACAAAGCACAAAUGAAGUGAAAUGCGAGACUCCUGAGGGCGAAUAUAUCGGAGAUGAUCCCGAGAACAUUUUGGAAGGGAUGAGAGUGCGGAGUCUUGGUGUCACUCGUUUCAUGUAUCGCCGACCAGGAAUUGGCUGGGUUUGCUUCAAGUGGUCAUCUGGCAACACGGAAUGGGAACAGCAAGGAUCAUGUCCUGGUCUAAACGAGUACUAUUACUUGUGUCUCACAACUCAGGACAAAGGGAUCGUGACAGCUAUUAAUAGAAAGUACAGAGAAGACGAGUUGGGAGAAGAUGUCAUGGUCUUUGGGGAGCCUAAUUUGUGGGCGAGCAAUGGGGACGCGGGCAAUCUUUACGGGUUGCGACAUCUGGGAAACGCUAUUUUCCACACACUUUACGACUACAGAAAAGUCAGUCUGGUUGCUGACCACACACAUCUGGAUGACCUGGACAAUACGUGUGAGCAGGUGGACAACACGGCGUCAACCAGAGCAGAUGCUGUAACAAUAAUUAGUCAGCUUCGUUUCAACACUGGCCAAAUUCAUAGGUUUGCAUUGAGAGGACCAUCCGGAGAAUUUCUACGAAUUGUAAGGGUUUCGUCAAAUGGACCAACUUUCGAGGAAGACGAUGCAACAAACUUGGGAGAAGACGUGUGGUAUCUUUGCUACUUCUAUUGGAAAUCUGCUUUUGCACCAUAUCGUACAUAUGGUUCACCAUAUGAUAACUUGUUCUAUGGAUACAUUGAAAUCACACCCGAUUUGCUAGCGCUACUUCCCACUUUGCAGAUAGUGAAAUUAGCCGACUAUAUCACCCCGUACACAGAGUAUGCGGUGAACUGUAAGACGCCCCAUAAUGUGAUAGACACAGUCAAUAGAGGGAUUCAGCUUUUGACAGAUUUGGAUCUCCACUUCAGAAUCUCGAGAUUUGCAUUGAAGCACAGAAAUGGAUCGUCCAUCUGCUAUUAUAGAGUUUCACCGGAUGAUCCGUGGGAAGCUGUCUACCUUAGCUGCAAUUACCAGCAGUUUUACUUCUGCAUUGCCGAGAAGGAUCUGCCCUUGACCUUGGACAAGGAAGAACAACAAUGGACUACAUACAAUUCCAUAACUGACAAAGGAUCAUACCGAGAAAUCAGUUUCGCAGAUGGAUGGACUUCGAAUAAAAUGGCGAGAUCCUCAAAUUCAAAUGGACAUUUUUAUCUGUCUCCGUCUGGAUGCAUUGCUCACCUGACCCGAAAACAGACGCUCCUUUCAGAAGUUCACUGCGAAUCUCCUGUUUACGUGAUUGAAAUUAUUGAUGACUUUAUGCAAUAUAACAAGGCUCUUGAACUGUUCGACCAAUUCAUGUGGUACCCGCAUGUCGAAGUAUAUGCAUUGAUGGGGCCAGGUGCGGAGUGGUUCUGCUUCGAGAAAGUAGCAGACCUGGACGCCAACGGAAUGGAGUUGCCGACUCACAAUUGGGUCCGAAAUGACACUGCAUGCACAGAUCGCCCAGCCUCCUAUCUCUGCACUACGCCCGAAGACCAUCCGGAUUAUAGCGAUUUCUUGAAUAUGAAACUCCAUUGGCAAGAACUUGAUCCCAGUACUUUUAUCGACAACGGAUGUACAUCCGCUUCACCCCCAAACUCACCCCCAGAACCGACACCUGCAGCAACCACGCAAGCGCCCACUCCUCCGCCACCGCCUGCAACAGAUCCCCCGCCUGCAACAGAUCCUCCGCCUGCACCGACAGGACCGACAACCAGGGACUUUAAUUUUUGUGUAUUUCUAAAAUCAUCAACACAGCAUGAGUCCGUUUUUGUAGGAUUAAAACUGGUAUAA